CAUGCAUGCACUGCGGAUACCUUUAGCACAGUCACCAAACUACACAGAAUGAUUCAACCUCUGUAGGUAAUUACAGACAGUGUACAGACACACCCUCGACCCACGUUUAAACGGCUAUUGACACCUACGCGCUUGUUCGUACUCCCUUAUCAGUAGAGGUAGCACCAUUUCCCUCUCUAUCCCCUCUCCAUGGGCUGUUCCGGAUGUAACGCCUACAUCCCUCUACUCCUCUGAUCCUCUUAUCUACUAGAAGGCGGCUAAGAUGGAUACUGUAAACCAGUUGGUGGCGACAGGACAGUUUGGCAUUAUCAAGCAGCCCCUGGCAUUUAUAAAGAUCUUAGAAUGGGUGUUUUCCAUCUUUGCGUUCGCCACAUGCGGUGGCUACUCCGGCAAGUUCGAGCUGAGCGUUGAGUGCAAGAACCGAUCAGAGAGUGACCUGGCCCUGGAGGUGGAGUUUGGCUACCCUUUCAGGCUGCACCAGGUGUACUUUGACGCUCCUACCUGUACUGGGCGCAAGACUGAGCGCCUCUUCCUGGAGGGAGACUACUCCUCCUCGGCCGAGUUCUUCGUCACCAUCGCCGUCUUCUCCUUCCUGUACUCCAUGGCUGCCCUCGCUGUGUAUUUGUUCAUCAUGGAGAAAUACAAGGAGAACAACAAGGGUCCCCAGGUGGACUUCAUCGUGUCGGCAGUGUUCACCUUCAUGUGGCUGGUCAGCUCCUCCGCCUGGGCAAAGGGCCUGUCCAACGUGAAGACGGCCACGGACCCCGACAACGUCAAGACGCUCAUCGACGCCUGCGACCGCGAGGAGAAUCGCUGCCGCGAGGUGGCCGACCCGGUGGUGUCUGGACUCAACACGUCUGUGAUGUUUGGCUUCAUCAACCUGAUCCUGUGGGGAGGAAACCUGUGGUUCCUCUUCAAGGAGACCGGCUGGCUGGGAGCCUUCGCCGGCACCUACGCGCCCUCUGCCGAGAAACCCCCUGCGCCCGACUCCUUCGGCCAGCAGGGCUACGAACAGGAGGGGUACGGCCAGCAGCAGGAAUACGCCGGCUCCCAGGGGGGCUACCAGCCCGAGUACGGGCAGGAGGGCGGCUACACUGAAGGGGGCUAUAACCAGGGCGGGUACAAUCAGGAGCCUACUUCCUUCGCCAAUUAGAUGUGAGCCUGGAGGAUGAUUGACAGCUCUGUGGAAGCGGGGGAAUUAUAAUUACAGCACGUGGACUCUGACAGCUACCCACCAUUCCACACUCCACACACUGUCUAUCUGUCUGUCUGUUUAUUUGUGAGCUGACCAAUGAAUCUGCCAUUCCUUUUCUAAAGGAGUGGCCUAGAGGAAAUGGGAAAGGGUGCUUGUUUUAAUGUGAUGUACAGCUAUUCCAGUUAGCAGCUGACUUUGAAGUGGAGCUGCUCCUCGUCGUCAAGGACGAUUCACCAAAGCUCUCACAGAGUCAGUUACUACCAAGCCUAUAUUCGACCGCACGUGGCCGCAAGCUAGCACUCACGUGAUCUGACAAGGAAAAAACUUGAAAACUCUACCAAACAUGGAUAAACUACUUAAAUAUAUUUAUUUAUAGAUCUAUAUCUUAUAUGGGAAUAAUUUAAGUGAAAGAUGUGUUCUAUAGUUAUGUAACACUUGGGAGAAUGUAUUUGUGCUGUGUAAAUAUCAACGUAUAAAUAUUGAUAUAAAUUAAAAUCAUUUGUAUGGACAGUUGUAUAAUUUUGUACUCAAUAUAAGCUGUUGUGCAAACUAUAUUGAGGUCAGAAUUAUUCAACUCAUAUUUAUCUGAGUUCUGUUAGUAGCAGCUUGUAGUUCAGUCCACCUUUCAUUUUUUUAAGGUUUUGUUGCUGUGUUUUGUUUGAUUAUUUAUUUAUUUGCGGAUUUAUUUUUAUUUUCACACUACCUUUUCCUCAAAGAUCUGGUGUGUUCAUUUUAGAGGAAGCGACUUUUUCAAUGUUCUUUUUUAUUGUUGUGACUGUGUGUUGGAAGGAGCACAGAUAGGUGACAAAAGAGUCACAGAGCAAAAAAAAAACAGUUCUAGAGGAAUAAUUAUAAUAAGAUCUGAGAAGAGAAGAGAAGAGAAGAGAAGAAUAGAGAUUCAGAUAAAUAGAGAAAGGGUUUGCAGGAGCUGUGGCAGUAAGGACACUGACUUGCGGGGUUUUUGAUUAAUUCAUUUUGUUCCAUUUAUGUUAUAUCCAGCAUAUGCGUCAUCUAGAACCAUUUUGUUGUCUUUUAUAUUUGAUUCUUGACCUAUUCUUCUGCAUAUGUACUUAUACUCAGAAUGAUAGAAUACCUCCACAAAAGCUGAAAUGUAUCAAGCAAACAAACUGGACAACAGCAGCAGAAGUAAUUAGCAUGGUCUUAUGUAUGGUAUGCUUUAACAACCUGCUAUGCUACUGCCAUUGAUGGUCUUACUCUAACAGGACUUGUCAUUUUCAGACAAGGCGGAUAUGAAAUCCUUUAGUAUUUUUAUGGCUUAAAAACGUUUUAUUCUUGUUAUAUGGGGGUGUCUUUUUUUUGUUCUCUAGAUGUCGACUGCUGUGUCAGUCUCUACUCCAUAAGCGUGGACUGCAUGUGUUUACCUUCUCUCCUUUUACCCAGAGGAGUCACAGCAUGUCAAUAGAACCAGCAAAACCCACUUCAGAGACACAGCCUGACAGCGCCAACUAGUUGCAUUGUACAAUCCCUUUAUGCAAUGAGAGUAGAGUGAAACUGCAGUGGGGCCCCCUCUGCCUCAGGCACAUGUAACAGUGCGCUCAAUAAACUCACCCUAAUGAUUGUCACAGUAUCAAAGAUUAUCACUCAUCACACACCUUCCUGUCUGUCUCUGUACCUCUCCUCUACAGUAAUUGCUCAGUAUUUGUACUUUCACAGCCAUGCGUGUUUCUGAGAAGGGUGUGGUCCCCAAAAAAUGAAAGGUGAGAAUGAAAGAUUCUUUCGCAUCUGUGAUUAUGGAAUGCACACAAGAUCAGCUUGGUAACAAACAAAGGUAGUCAGGGCAACCAAUACAUCCUCUCAUUAGAGCACUGCACAGAACAUCAGCGCAUCAACAAACAGAGGGGUCGUGUCGUUGUGGCAACCGGACUUCUACAGAAGAAUCAAUGCCUUGGGUCUGGAUCACUCAUUCUCUCUAACUGUCUUCGAACUUUCACAACUACCAACCAUUCUAGACUGCAGAAACACCCUAUACAAUCUGCUGCCAUGCACACACACACACACAAACACACACACACACACAGCCACCUCCCUGCUGUUCGUUUGGUGGCUCAAUCAGACAGCACAAAUGCAACUCUACAUGUUCUCUUCCCUCUCGUUCUUUCUCUUUGUAUCUCUUGCAAAUAUGGUAAAUAAAUAAAAACACUCAAUUCUUAGUGGUGGAUGAUGUCUUGUGGUACUCUCAACACGUUUGGGUAGUGUUGUGUUAUUGUGUAUGAAGUAUUCUUAUUAGUAUUAUUAAUAAUGAUCUUCAUCCAGAGGGAAAACUGGUUAUGCAGAAAUUGUAUACUUACCCGAUGGAAUACAUGUGAUACAAAGUCAAAAUAAACUCUACAUUAUUCCGUUGAA